CACCUUAAAACUGACGACAGAUCAGAACCGGUGUUUGCACCAAUAAUCUAGGGAGAUGGAAAAACUGAACUGAGACUGUUCCUGGAUCAGCAUUCCAAUCAUUGUCUGUCCUAUCCGUCGGAGACUGGGUGGAGUAAGGCGGAAGUUGGUUGAAAAAGGAGUACUUCAGGCAAAGAAUGAAGUGAGACGAUAGAAAGGGAGGGGAAUCGACUGCACUGCUACCGCACGAACUACCGUUUAACUCAUUUAUUUUGAAUGAAAAACAGUUGCAUCGCAACGUGGUAUCGAUCUAAGUAGAUAGGACUUUCACAACGGAAGCGAAGAAAUAAAAAACGCUUGCCACGUCUGAGGGAAAACUAGCGCUUCUCCAACUUUAGGUGUUUCCUGGCUAACACCAGCGUUCAAACUAUUUCAUUUUUCUUGAGUUUACCGUUCAAGUUGAGCUUUGUCAUUUUCUAACUUUAGAUUAGUCGGCCUGGCAAUCCUAUAACUUCACGGAAUUGCGAGAGGGGAAGAGCGUUUUGGAUAAAAACGGCCAUCCGAUAGCCUACUCGCAUCACUGUCUGCGUUUGACUUGUUGGCGGGGCGUUGGUGCCGCCGUCAUUUUUCUCCCCCCAUUCUCUUGGUCCACCCUUCUGCCCCAUUCAAGUCGAUAGGACACCAUUCUCGACCACUACAUUAGUUUUAAAAGAGCACAAAUAUGGCCGGAAUCAACAGCAUCGAUGCGGUUAAGAGAAAAAUCAAAGUUUUACAGCAACAAGCAGAUGAGGCAGAGGAGAGAGCCGAGAUUUUGCAGAGACAGGUCGAGGAGGAGAAACGCUCGAGAGAACAGGCUGAGGCAGAGGUAGCCUCUCUGAACAGGCGUAUCCAGCUGGUUGAGGAGGAGCUGGACCGGGCUCAGGAGCGUCUGGCCACUGCCCUGCAGAAGCUUGAGGAGGCUGAGAAGGCCGCUGAUGAGAGCGAGAGAGGGGAUGAAGGUGAUUGAGAACAGGGCCAUGAAGGACGAGGAGAAGAUGGAGCUGCAGGAGAUCCAGCUGAAGGAGGCCAAGCACAUCGCUGAGGAGGCUGACCGCAAGUACGAAGAGGUUGCCCGUAAGCUGGUGAUUGUUGAGGGAGAGCUGGAGCGUACAGAGGAGAGGGCAGAGCUGUCCGAGGCUAAGUGUGCCGAGCUUGAGGAGGAGCUGAAAAAUGUCACCAAUAAUCUUAAGAGCCUGGAGGCCCAGGCCGAAAAGUACUCUCAGAAAGAGGACAAAUAUGAGGAAGAGAUCAAGAUAUUGACUGAUAAACUGAAAGAGGCUGAGACUCGUGCUGAGUUUGCAGAGAGGUCUGUGGCUAAACUGGAGAAGACCAUUGAUGACCUGGAAGAUGAGCUGUAUGCUCAGAAACUGAAGUAUAAGGCCAUUAGUGAGGAGCUGGACCAUGCUCUCAACGACAUGACUUCCAUAUAAGAUGCACAGGAGUUUCUUCUUCUCUGGCUGUCUGGCUCUUCAAACUCAGACAAAGGCCUUCACCCACUUCUCUUCAUUUCGACUGCCUGGUUUUCCCCUUGCUUUUUUCUCUUAUUCCCCCUCUUUUCUUCUCCUUCUGUCUCUUUCUCCAGUCUGUCUAUUCUGUCAUUAUUUAUGAUCGAAGUCCGUUUUCAUUUCUUUACCUGUACAGGUCUGUUGUGUCACCUUUUUGCUAGUUGUGUUUUUAUCCUCUGUCUCUCUUCUGUUUGUUCACCCAUUGUCCUCGCAUAAGGGUGGGGCUUGGGCUCCCAUUGGACCUCUGUACUGUGCCUGUCCAGUUUCUGUUUCCUUUGGUGCUUGGGCUCUGGUCUUUUUCCUGUUCCAUAUGUUCUUGAAUGAAAGGAGGAUAAAAAGAAAAAAAAUAAUUGUUUGUGUGUCCUUUUUUUCUUUUCCUUAUUUACUCUGUCUCUUCACUGGAUGGUCUGUUGUGUCUGUCUUUGCGGAAGUGAGCAUGUGUGGCUGUGAUGCUGUCUGUGAUUAUUAGACGGUUUUUAGGUGGAACCAUACAUAAGGGAGUGGGGAUGAGUGUAUGGAUGUGUGUGUAAGUGUGUAGUGUGAGCGAAGAAGUCCGAGAUAGCGGCACCUGUCUCAGAUUGACCAUUAGACACACACACACACACACAUACAUAGUACUUAGCAGUUUUGGUUAAUCUGCAUUCAUAUUUAAACCUAUCCUAUAAAAUAUGGAUAUUUGUUUACUGUCUCUCUCUCUCACUGUAUAGUUUGGGAAGGACAAGUAGCAUAUCAAGUACAACAGUAUUAGUGUUGAGGGAUGAAGGCUGCACCUUUUGGGGAAAUAUCAACCUUCAACCUAAGACCCUUAGAGUGAAGAGGAGAAAUGAAGAGAGGAGUACUAAAUAAUAGUUAUACAGUACUUGCGUUUAAUGACAUCAGGGAUUUGUAGAAGACCAAUAAUGGUGCUGCUGUAGCUCUAGGGAACGUGUCUAUCAGCCAGGUGAGCGAGUUUGCGUCUGGAUG